AUUAAUGUGAAAGAAUCGUUGCACAUGUGUAUGAUUUUAACUUAGCUUUUUUCUAUAAAUCAGUUGCAGCGAAUGUUCUUAUUCACGAUCUUAUUCGCAGACUAAAAUGGGCGGAGUCUAGCGGGAACAUAAUCAAGAUGGCCGCCUUCACUGAGAGGAUGGCACCAGUCUUGUUGCUCUGGCUGGCUGUGUGCCUCAGUGGGGCAUGGGCUGUGGACAGAGGCAACUUCAAGACCUGUGAUCAGAGUGCCUUUUGCAAACGUCAGCGAGCACUGAAACCUGCUGAGUCUCCCUAUCGAGCUCUGCUGGAGACUAUGGAGCUGACCAACACCAAACUCACCCUGCAGCUCAUCAAUGACAAUAAUAAGGUGCGUUUGCUGCUCGAGCUGUACCGCCUCCAGGGGAACAUGACAAGGGUGAAGAUUAAUGAGCUGAAGCCCCUCAAGCCUCGCUAUGAGGUCCCAGAUGUGCUUAUCAGGGAGCCACCUACAGAGCCUCUGUCUCUUCUGUCUCAGGAUGAGAAUGGGGUGGUGCUGUCUUUGGGUGCGGAGUCUCAGAGGGUCAUCGUUAGUGCCCGGCCCUUCCGACUGGACAUCAUGGAGGGACGUGAAGUUGUGAUGUCGCUGAACUCGCGUGGUCUCCUUGCCUUUGAACACCUGAGGAUGCGCAAGGACACUCAGACAGAGCCAGAGGUUGAGAAGAACGAGGAAGCUGAUCCGGCAAACCAGGCUGAGACGGCCAAGGAUGAAGACAAAGCAGUUGAUGGGAUGUGGGAAGAAACAUUUAAAUCACACUCUGAUAGCAAACCUAAUGGUCCAUCUGCUGUUAGUUUAGACUUUUCAUUGCCCGGGGUGGAGCAUGUUUACGGUAUCCCAGAGCAUGCGGACGACCUUAGGCUUAAAACAACAGAUAAUGGAGAUCCGUAUCGGCUCUAUAACCUGGAUGUUUUCCAGUAUGAGCUGUAUAAUCCCAUGGCCCUGUAUGGGGCUGUGCCUGUGAUGUUGGCUCACAAUACCCACCGGACCACAGGCAUCUUCUGGCUCAAUGCUGCUGAAACCUGGGUGGACAUUAGCUCCAACACAGCUGGAAAGACGGUGUUUGGAAAAAUGUUGGAUUAUGUUCAGGGAUCUAGUGAGACACCACAGACAGACGUGCGUUGGAUUUCUGAAAGUGGUAUCAUUGAUGUCUUCAUUAUGCUUGGACCAACUCCCACAGACGUCUUUGCUCAGUAUGCCUCCCUUACAGGCACCCAGUCUUUCCCACCUUUGGCUUCUUUGGGAUAUCAUCAGUGCCGCUGGAACUACAAUGACCAAGAAGACGUUCGAUCAGUGGAUGCAGGCUUUGAUGAGCAUGACAUCCCAUAUGACUUCAUCUGGCUUGAUAUUGAGCACACAGAUGGAAAACGCUACUUCACUUGGGAUCCACACAAGUUUGCAACACCAAAGGAAAUGCUUCAGGGUCUGAAGGAUAAGAAGCGCAAGAUGGUAGCCAUAGUGGACCCUCAUAUCAAAGUAGACAGCAACUACAAGAUCCAUAAUGAAAUCCGUUCUCGGGAUUUCUAUGUGAAAAAUAAAGAUGGUGGAGACUACGAGGGCUGGUGCUGGCCUGGAAAUGCUGGCUAUCCAGACUUCACCCGUGCAGACAUGAGGGACUGGUGGGCCAGCAUGUUUGCCUAUGAUCAGUAUGAGGGCACCAUGGACAACCUACACACAUGGAAUGAUAUGAAUGAGCCGUCAGUCUUCAAUGGGCCAGAAGUCACAAUGCACAAGGAUGCGAUGCAUGGAGACUGGGAGCACCGUGAUGUGCACAACAUUUAUGGCUUGUAUGUGCAUAGGGCAACAGCAGAGGGUCUAAUUCAGAGGUCUGGAGGAACAGAGCGGCCCUUUGUCCUCACCAGAGCCUUCUUUGCUGGGUCACAGCGCUAUGGUGCUGUGUGGACAGGAGAUAAUGCUGCAGAGUGGGACCAUCUGAAGAUCUCUAUCCCCAUGUGCCUAAGCCUCGGACUAGUUGGAAUAUCUUUUUGUGGCGCUGAUGUCGGGGGUUUUUUCAAGUCCCCGGGUGCUGAGCUACUGGUGCGUUGGUACCAGACUGGGGCAUACCAGCCUUUCUUUAGGGCCCAUGCUCACAUGGACACUGCUAGGCGUGAGCCCUGGCUGUUUGGUCCAGAAAACACAGCCUUGAUCCGAGAGGCAGUGCGCCAGCGCUACACACUUCUGCCCUACUGGUACCAGCUGUUCUACCAGGCACACCGCACCGGCUAUCCUGUCAUGAGACCUCUGUGGGUGGAAUAUCCUCAGGAUCCUGCAACGUUUGCUGUAGAUAAUGAGUUUUUGAUCGGGAAAGAUUUGUUGGUACAUCCAGUUACUGAAGAGGGAGCAAGGGGUGUCACUGCAUUCCUGCCUGGGAAACAUGAGGUUUGGUUUGACGUCCACACAUUCCAGAAGCACAAUGGGGCUCAGAACCUUUACAUCCCUGUCACAAUGAGUUCUAUUCCUGUUUUCCAGCGCGGUGGUUCUAUUAUUCCCAGGAAGCUUAGAGUUCGCAGAUCCUCCUUGUGCAUGGAGGAUGACCCCUACACUCUGUAUGUGGCCCUUAAUGUUCAGAGAACUGCUGAAGGAGAGCUCUACAUAGAUGAUGGCCACACCUUCAACUAUGAAAAGAAGGAGUUCAUCCACCGGAGACUGUCAUUUAUCAACAACAGCCUCUCUUCUGUUAAUCUUGCUCCUGACGCCCAGUUUACAACGGCCUCCUGGAUUGAACGCAUUGUUAUACUGGGAGCCAGUAAGCCUAGCAAGGUUAUCGUUAAGACUACUGAUGGUCAGGAAAGCCCAGUAGAGUUUGAAUUUGAUGCCUCCAUGUCUGUGUUGACGCUCCGUAAGCCUGGCAUGAACGCAGGGGAAGACUGGACCGUGACACUCCAGUGACACCACACACUGGAGAGGAGAAGAUGACUGAACUCAGUGGGUAGACAGAAGGCUGCUGAUAGACAAGCAAGACAAUAGGAUAGCCAGCAUGGAAAAUAAAGGAGGAACAUACAAUUAUUCUCCCUGCACACACAGACCCUUGUAGACCUUAGUCCUACUGAUUCAUGUAAUGUCUGUCUUGUCCCUCUUGUGUUCAGUCAUACUAUAAGACCUAUCAACCAGGUGGUUAAUUAGCAACAUUUUCAGGUCAGUAACAUCCGUAAGGCAAGUUAUGUCAAUGAAUAGUCAAAGAAUACUUGAGGCUUAGAAAAGAAAAGUUGAAGCACUUAUUUUUUGUUUUGUUGCCAUCCAUACUGCUUCAGAAGAAACAUCACCUUGGGACAGUUGCUCAUUUAUAAUGAAGGUUCAAAGCCCAUGCAUCACCUGCUGGUGAUUCUUUUGUGUCUGACUUGAUUAAAUCCAUCCUCUUUCUUAGUCAAGCAUUUCAAUAACUACCAGAGCCACAUUUUGUAUCUUUUGGGAGGGCCUGCCAUCAAUGCAUUCAUUCUGCAGUUCAUCUUGAUGCCACCUAAAUGAAAGGUAUUACACAUUUCCUACAAAUUCUGACUUUCCUUUUCGUGUAGCUUCUCCCUGGGUUCCUCGGAUGAAUUCUAGUGUGUGGUAUUGAUUUUAUUUCCCUAUCACUUCAUUAUGGACUUGAUGACCAUCAUGUGCUUCACACAGAGUAUUUUCAGAUGUUUAUUGAACAACCCUUGCAAUAGGAAUCACUUCAGGGGAGCAAACCACUGAUAGUUGAUUGUUUUUCUGUUGACCUGCUUUCUUUGUUUUAUCACUUUUUUCUGAAUUGUUCACUAGAUUACCUUUUUAAUGCACUUGAGUGGGAACUUGAAAGCUGUUUAGAUUUUCAUGUGUAGAUGCCGGGACUAUCCAGGGUGUCCAGUGUGUCAUUUGGAUUGAAGUAAACCCAUCCAAUCUAGUCCCUACUAGAAAAAUAUAAAUUUAAAAUCUAAACCGAAAUGUUUUCUUGGAAGCGAUUAGAUUCAGCCAUAAGUUCAAAUGAUCUCUAAUGCUCUGGUUUAUGCCCUGUCUAGUCAAAUCAUCCGAUUUUUUUUUUUUCCAGAGUUUUGUUUUGUCUUUUGUUUGUUUUUAUGAUCCUAAAUGUAAAUGUGGCUGCAAUUUUGUUGGCUUCAAUGGAAAGUGGAAAUGGAAGGACAAGGCUUUAGCUAUCAAAGUUGUCAGAUGUACUCUAAAAGAUGAGACCAAGUGAAAAUAAAGUUGACCAAAUGUAGAAAAAAA